AUGUGUCAAACAUAUGGGACAAAAGAACUGUCUCAGUUUUCUAAGGAGGGGGAUAUCAACAUCGGAGGCAUUUUCUCCUUUCAUCAGAACCCCGUCACUGUUAAUCCGACUCGAGAAUUCAACCCGGGAACAAUCCGUUGUGAAGGAUUGGACCCAGGAGAGCUUCAGUAUGCAUACACUAUGAUGUUUGCCAUUGAGGAGAUCAACAACAGCUCACAGCUGUUACCGGGAGUCACGCUGGGUUACUGGAUCUUUGACUCCUGUCCGAGUAUCCCACUGUCUAUCAGAGCCUCUCUAAACCUGAUGAAUAGGUAUGACAAUGGGACCCCCAGCUGCAACAAACUGUCUAACGUGCACGCUGUCAUCGGGGAAACCACAUCCACUUCUACAAUAGGCAUUGCACGCACCAUGGGACCUUUUCAUAUACCGGUGAUCAGUCAUUCAGCCACAUGUGCAUGCCUUAGCAAUAGGAGAGACUAUCCCUCCUUCUUCAGAACCAUACCGAGUGACCUUUACCAGAGCAAAGCACUAGCUAAGCUUGUGAAACAUUUUGGCUGGACCUGGGUCGGAGCCAUUAGGACUAAUAGUGACUAUGGAAAUGGUGGUAUGGCAACUUUCUUGGAAGCAGCGGAAAGUGAAGGGGUGUGUGUCGAGUAUUCUGUGGCUAUUUACCGAACAGAUCCCAGAAAGUGGUUCUUGGAGGUUGUGGACAUCAUCAAGAAAUCCACAUCAAAAGUGAUAGUGGCAUUUGCAGAUGGCACUGACCUUGACAUACUUCUUAAAGAGCUUCAUGCUCAGAAUGUGACAGGCCUGCAGUGGGUAGGAAGUGAGGGCUGGAUCACAUAUCGUUACAUUGCCUCUCCUGUAAACUAUGCUGUGGUUCAGGGAGCAGUAGGCUUCGCAGCACUCAAUGCUCACAUCCCUGGGCUGCAGGAGUUUCUUGCCGGCAGCAGACCCUCCAGCUCACAGGGCAAUCAGGGUCUUGUGGAGUUGUGGGAGAUGCUAUUCAACUGCAUCUUGACUCCUGCACGACAGACUCAUGCUCAGGAUGCACCAGCAGCAGCAUGCAGUGGGAAAGAGUCCCUGAGGAACAUGAACACACGCUUCACAGAUGUUUCAGAUGCCAGCUUACUAAACAAUGUUUACAAGGCUACGUACGCUGUCGCUUAUGCACUGCACUUGCUAUUUAAUUGCAAAGAUGGAGAGGGGCCCUUUGAGAAUAGUAUGUGUGCUGACAAGGAAAAUGUGCAACCAUGGCAGGUGCUGCAUUACUUAACUCAAGUAAAUUUCACCACUAAGAUUGGUGAAAACGUGUUCUUUGAUGACUUGGGUGACCCUGUGGCACGUUAUGCGCUGGUGAACUGGCAGAUGGAUGAGACAGGGUACAUACUCUUUGAAACCAUUGGUAACUAUGACGCUUCCCGACCGGAAGGCCAACAGUUUGAAAUGAAAGCAGGCGUAACGGCUGUCUGGGCAGGGGAGAGUCUGAAGGUGCCAAGAUCUGUGUGCAGUGAGAGCUGCUUGCCGGGGACACGCCGCGCAUUCGUCAAGGGCAAACCUAUCUGCUGUUUUGAUUGCAUCACCUGUGCUGAUGGGAAAUUCAGCAACAGUACAAAUGCAGUGAAAUGUGAAAAAUGCCCUGAUGAAUACAAGUCCAACGAAGAGAGGAAUAGCUGUGACAUGAAAUCUAUUGAGUACCUCACCUUCACUGAGUUAAUGGGCAUACUGUUGGUGACCUUUUCUGUCAUUGGUGGUUGCCUGGCAAUUGCUAUCGCCCUGAUAUUUUUCUGCUACAGACAAACUCCUAUUGUCAGGGCCAACAACUCUGAGCUGAGCUUUCUGCUACUCUUCUCCCUGACUCUGUGUUUCCUGUGUUCCCUAACCUUUAUUGGCAAACCCUCCGAGUGGUCCUGCAUGCUGAGACACACAGCGUUUGGCAUUACCUUUGUUCUCUGCAUAUCUUGUGUUCUUGGGAAAACAAUAGUGGUGUUAAUGGCGUUUCGAGCCACACUUCCAGGCAGUACCGUGAUGAAAUGGUUUGGGCCUGCACAGCAGAGACUCAGUGUUAUGGGAUUCACAGUGAUACAGGUUUUAAUUUGUAUACUUUGGCUGACAAUCAAUCCCCCAUUCCCUUACAAAAACAUGAGACAUUACAAAGAGAGGAUUAUACUCGAGUGUGCCCUGGGGUCACCGAUAGGCUUCUGGGCUGUGCUAGGUUAUAUAGGGCUUUUAGCGAUGUUGUGUUUUGUGCUUGCUUUCCUGGCCAGAAAGCUGCCUGAUAAUUUCAAUGAGGCCAAAUUUAUCACUUUCAGCAUGUUAAUAUUUUGUGCUGUGUGGAUCACAUUUAUCCCAGCAUAUGUCAGCUCCCCUGGGAAGUUUACAGUGGCUGUGGAGAUAUUUGCAAUUUUGGCUUCAAGUUAUGGGAUGCUUUUUUGUAUUUUUUUGCCAAAAUGCUACAUCAUAUUACUAAAACCUGAACACAACACAAAGAAGCAUCUGAUGGGUAAAGGGACCACACGAACCCUUUGAGAUAAUUGCAAAAACUCAAUAAUAGUCUUUUCUUUUUAAAAAAGCCAUUUUAGUUUAAUUAAAAUUUGUUCUACAAUGUCUGCAAAAUAUAAAUGUUUUUUUUCUACCUAAAUGAUAUAACAAUUUAGGGAUUU